UCCUGGGUGCUGACGCAGCUCGGGGACAAGGCCAGCUCCCGCCUCCUGCCCACACAGUGGGCCCUUGUCUCUGUGCGUGUGGGGCUGAGAGGCAGGCAGGCACUCCCGCGGCCGCCCACAGCCAGCUCUGCGGCUUUCCUGUGGUGCCUGACCAAGAGACGGAAUCGUGCACUGGCCCUGCCCGCAGAGCAUGGGGCCCCCCCGAGCCCCCGCGCGGAACGUGCUCUUCCAGAGCGAGCGCAGCGGCCUGACCUACCGCGUGCCAGCGCUGCUGCCCGUGCCCCCGGGGCCCACCCUGCUGGCCUUCGCGGAGCAGCGACUCAGACCCGACGACACGCACGCCCACCGCCUGGUGCAGAGGCGCGGCACGCUGUCGGGGGCCUCCGUGCUGUGGGGCGCCGCGCGCGUGCUGGGCACCGCAGCCCUGGAGGGACACCGCUCCAUGAACCCCUGCCCGGUGCACGAUACGCGCACCGGCACCGUCUUCCUGUUCUUCGUGGCCGUGCGUGGCCGCACGCCCGAGGCCGCACAGAUCGCCGCGGGCAGGAACGCAGCGCGCCUCUGCUGCGUGACCAGCCAGGACUCGGGGCGCAGCUGGGGCGCAGCGCGGGACCUCACCGCUGAGGCGGUGGGCGGCGCCGAGCGGGCUGAGGCUGUCCCCUUGUGGGGUAACCAGCAGCCCCUCCCAUCUGCAGACUGGGCCACAUUUGCUGUGGGUCCCGGCCACGGCAUCCAGCUGCGCUCGGGCCGUCUGCUGGUGCCGGCCUACACCUACCGCGUGGACCGGCGUGAGUGUUUUGGCAAGAUCUGCAGGACCAGCCCCCACGCCUUCGUUUUCUACAGCGAUGACCACGGCCAGACCUGGCAGCACGGAGGCCUUGUGCCCAACCUGCGCUCGGGCGAGUGCCAGCUGGCUGCAGUGGAUGGAGGGCAGGCCGGCGUUGUCCUCUACUGCAAUGCCCGGAGCCCCCUGGGCCGUCGUGUGCAGGCGCUCAGCUCAGAUGAGGGCACCUCCUUCCUGCCCGGGGAGCUGGUGCCCACCUUGGCUGAGACGGCCCGUGGCUGCCAGGGCAGCAUCUUGGGCUUCUCGGCCCCGCCCUCUAGCAGGUCUGGGGAUGAGGGCUGGUCGGUGGGCUCCAGGAAGGCUCCCUCCCCUCCAAGCCUCUGUCCUGGAGUCCAGGCACCCCUAGAGGAGGGUGUUGGAGACACCCAAGGGGGUGGGGGGCUGGGCGGGACAGAGGGAUGUGGGGACAGCCCAGGGGACCCUGGCUCCGGGGAGCCUAGCCCAAGGCCUGGGCUCGGUGGGGACAGGGAGACCUGGAUUCUGAAGCCCCCUGGGCCCCCUGCUGCCUUGUCUCAGAGCUCCACGUGGCUGCUGUAUUCCCACCCUGCGGGGCGCAGAGCUCGGCUCCAUAUGGGCAUCUAUCUGAGCAGAUCCCCCCUGGACCCCCACAGCUGGACGGAGCCCUGGGUGAUCUAUGAGGGCCCCAGUGGUUACUCUGACCUGGCGUCUGUUGGGCCCAGCCCUGAGGGCUCCCUGACCUUCGCCUGUCUGUAUGAGAGCGGGGCCAGGGUCUCCUACGAGGAGAUUGCCUUCUGCCUGUUCUCCCUUCGUGAGGUCAUGGACAACGUGCUGCCGGUCCCCAAGCCACUUAGCCUCAGGAGCAAGCCUCAGGAGCACUGCUGGCCAUCCUGAAGGGCCCUCUGGCCAGGCUUGGCCCCUGGGAGGAGGGGUGUGGGGGCGGGCAGGGACGAUGGGGUGGCGUGACCCCAGGCCUGGGCAGAGCUCUGGGGCGCAGGCUUCAAGGUGCCUCUGUCCCUUGGGAGAGUCGUGAGGGUGGAUCUUUGGGAAGGGCCCUGUGCAAUUACACAGAGCUUCAGUUCUAAUACUUCCGAACAAACAGGGCUGGUCUUUGAGAGGGGGCGUGCAGCUGAAAGUGGCGGGAGGUGGGCUCAGUGCCCUGUAGGGGCAGGAGGUGGGCGGUGGGCAAGGGACCCUGGAUGGCAGGUCCGUGCCUCAUGGUUCUGGGGUCCUGGCAUUUGGCUCUUUAAUCUUGCUCUGCUUUCCGCCUUUUGAACAGGAAAUAAAGGGACGUUUCUCUUGAGUUCUUUCUUCACCAAAGCCCUGGGGAGGGCCCCAGUGCCCUCGCCCGCUUCUCUGACCACCGCCCCACCUUGGCCGCGCUCUCCAACGCAGGGGCCAUCAGAGGUGGGGGCAGGAUGGGGACAGGAAAGGCUCAUCGCGUUGUGGCCGCCCCCAGGUGUGUCUGGGGUCUGAGAACAGGCUGCACUUCCUGC